AUGUCCCAUAACCUCACCACACCAUCUUCGCUCCCGCUCGCUAAGUUCUUCCCAUCUGGAGACAAUGCCAAUGACUCUCUACGUCCUACCAGUCAUUCCCUAUCUGCUCUCCGCUCUCCAAGUUCCAUACUCGCAUUGUAUUACGUCGGUGACAGAUUUGAUAAUUUUGAAGUCGGUUGCAAUGGCACAGAGACCUUUCGUGUUGGUCCUAUCACAAAUUGGGGUACUACCUGGACCAGCGGCGACGAUGCCAUACGUGUGGGGCCCGCUUUUUGUGGCCCUGUGGAGGUGUGUUGUUGGAAAUCCAACCCGCCAAUACACGGAGUUACCAUAUUAGGCAACUCCACGGACGAGUCCUAUCUAUCUAGCCCAGCACUCGUCUUCUAUUAUGUAUAUUCUGUAGACCAUGUUCGCACUUCUGGCCCGGCACUCAGCAAAUAUUUACCGGACUCGGCACUCGGAGUCCGACUUCCUCUUCCCGCCACAUCUAGUGCAUUUGCACUCUACUGGAACAACCUGUCUACCAGUAUCAAGGAGGAAUACAAACGAAAGGCCACGGCGCAGAUCAGCUCUUCUUCGACGCUCCAAGGCAGGGACAGUGGGAAUGAGCACGAUGACUAG